CUUUUCCGGAGGUGACGCACGACGGGGUUGCCGGAAGAAGUGGCGAAGUUACUUUUGAGGGGACCGAAACAGUGGCGGCGUUCAAGGGGAUACAGAGAAGGAGGAAGCGGAGCAGAGAAAGCGGACAGAGUCAGGGUAACGGAACCAGGAGACCCCGCGAGAGGCCGCCCCGAAGACCCCCACGCGCAGCCAUGAGCCCCGCCCCCCGCUGGUGUUUGGAGAGGGGCGGGACCUGGAGCGAGGCUGCUCCGUGACCCCACCAUGUCCACCCCCACCACCAGUUCCCUGGACAGCCCCCUGCCUGGAAAUGGCCCCCCUCAGCCUGGAGCCCCCUCUUCUUCACCUGCUAUAAAGGAGGAGGGCCCUGAGCCUUGGCCUGGGGGUCCAGACCCCGAUGUCCCAGGCACAGAUGGGGCAGGCUCUGCCUGCAGCGUGGGCCUGUCUCCCUGUGGCUCCUUCUCUCAUGAUCUUCAUCUGACCGCCCUAGUCAUCCCAGACCCAAUGGAGGAGCCAGAGCGCAAGCGGAAGAAGGGCCCAGCUCCCAAGAUGCUGGGCCAUGAGCUGUGCCGCGUGUGCGGGGACAAGGCCUCUGGCUUCCACUACAACGUACUCAGCUGCGAGGGCUGCAAGGGCUUCUUCCGGCGCAGUGUGGUCCGUGGUGGGGCUGGGCGCUAUGCCUGCCGGGGCGGUGGAACGUGUCAGAUGGACGCCUUUAUGCGGCGCAAGUGCCAGCAGUGCCGACUACGGAAGUGCAAAGAGGCGGGGAUGAGGGAGCAGUGUGUCCUCUCCGAAGAACAGAUUCGGAAGAAGAAGAUACAGAAGCAACAGCAGCAGCAGUCACCCGUGGGGUCAGGAGGUGGCAGCAGCUUAUCCUCUGGGCCUGGGGCCUCCCCUGGGGAGCCUGAAGGGGGCAGCCAGGGCUCUGGGGAAGGAGAGGGCGUCCAACUAACGGCGGCUCAGGAACUUAUGAUCCAGCAGUUGGUGGCGGCCCAGCUGCAGUGCAACAAGCGCUCCUUCUCUGACCAGCCCAAAGUCACGCCCUGGCCUCUGGGUGCAGACCCUCAGUCCCGUGAUGCCCGUCAGCAGCGCUUCGCCCACUUCACAGAGCUGGCCAUCAUCUCCGUGCAGGAGAUUGUGGACUUCGCCAAGCAGGUACCCGGCUUCCUACAGCUGGGCCGAGAAGACCAGAUCGCUCUCCUCAAGGCAUCCACCAUCGAGCCUCCCCCUGGUCCCCACCACCCUCAGAUCAUGCUGCUGGAGACGGCCAGGCGCUACAACCAUGAGACGGAGUGCAUCACCUUUCUGAAGGACUUCACCUACAGCAAGGACGACUUCCACCGUGCGGGCCUGCAGGUAGAGUUCAUCAACCCCAUCUUCGAGUUCUCACGGGCCAUGCGGCGGCUGGGCCUGGACGAUGCUGAGUAUGCCCUCCUCAUCGCCAUCAACAUCUUCUCGGCUGACCGGCCCAACGUGCAGGAGCCCAGCCGUGUGGAGGCACUGCAGCAGCCCUACGUGGACGCGCUGCUCUCCUACACGCGCAUCAAGAGACCACAGGACCAGCUGCGCUUCCCUCGCAUGCUGAUGAAGCUGGUGAGCCUGCGCACGCUGAGCUCCGUGCACUCGGAGCAGGUCUUUGCCCUUCGGCUCCAGGACAAGAAGCUGCCGCCCCUGCUGUCGGAGAUCUGGGACGUGCACGAGUGAGGGGCCCGCCCCACGGCCGUCAGCAGAUGGACACUGCUGCCCCUUCCUCCUUCUGAGCUGGAAGGGGGCCUGCCGGGCCUGAGGGCCUGCCUUGUGGCUCUGCCAGGCCUCAGCCUUUGGGGUGACCCGGGUCAGCGUCCAGGCAGGCUCCCUUCCUGCCCAGCAAGUCUUCCUGGGAGGGCAGAGGGGUCAUAGUUCCCAACCUCUGACCUCUCCCAGUGCUCCCGGUUGCCUUCCCCACCCAGCUUACACCUCCAGCCCACCGCGCAGUGCACCUUGAACAGAGGGAGGGGAGGGACCACAUCUCUCCCAACAGCCCGAGAGACCAGAGGGUCCCCCCGCCUUUCUCUACUCCUUUUAUUUAAUAAAAUUAAAAAAAAAACAAAAUAGGAAUACAAACCUGCUCUGAGCUGGAGUGUGGUCAAGAGGUGGAGAAGGGGUGGGCUGCCAGGGUCUCCAUUCACGCCAGCCCCUGGACCAGCUCCAGCGGAGUUCUCAUCGACCAGGCUGCUGGGGCCAGACUCAGAUAAGCACAGCACAGGUCUUGUGUGCCAGGCCCCAGGGACUCCAGAGGAGAGGCCUGCCGGCCUGGGGCCACCUUCCUGUACAAGAUGAAUCAGAACCUUGCGAAGGACAAAUGGGGCAUAAGUGGAUGAGGGGGACAGGACUUUUUGCUCAGUAUUUGCCGAGGUCCUUGCAACUGAGAACGGCAACCUGUGGGCGUGGAGUCCCUGAGAGGUGCAAACAGGCUGCUUACUGAAAAUUUGGUGGUUGGAGUCCACCCAGAGGCGCCUCAGAAGGUCAGGCAAUCAGCUUCUGAAAAAUCAGCUGCUGAAAACCUUGCGGCACACAGUUCUACCCUGACACACAUGGGGCUGCCGGGAGUCAGAGUUGACCCCAGCACAUUUGGUUUGCUGGGGACCAGGCUUCCAUUCAACAAACAUUUAUUGUUUACUACAGUAAAAUCUGUGUAAGGCAGAAACCUUUCAGAAAAAGAAAACUUGAAUAAUAGCAAUAGAAAAGUGGUAAGACUGCAUUCUGCUAAAGGUGGAAAACUUGCCAGACCCAGGAGAGGCAGGCCCGUCAAGUUCUGGCUCUCACAGAUUUCACUGUACAUGCCAAACGCAGUUGAAGGUGCUGAAAAAAAUCAACGGACACUGAAGUUGCAACCAGUCAGGGGUGGCAGCGGGCAGAUGGUUGGGACAGAAUAUUUGGGAAUAGGAGCUUUAAUAGCAGCGGCCCGUGGUAGUGUGGGGGUCCAAAGGAGGUGGCCAGGCGAGGCUUCACAGGGACCUAAAAGAUGAGGUGGCUGGAGUCCAAGUUGAGGGAAUCCAUGGGCACAGACUGGAAAGUAAGAAACCUGAUGAUUUAGUUUAGAACAAGGGCAGGCCAUUGAGUUCCCACAAUUCCUCCUUCUGAGCCAGGCCCUCAGGGGACACCGAGGUGAGCUGGACUGGCAGUACCGGUCCAGGGUGAAUAGCGGCCUGUUUUCAGGGAUGGGCUGGGUACCGAAAAGGUAUGUUUAUUUCGGAAGAGUAUGGUUAUAUGCGAUCGCCCUAGCCUGGCAGUCUCCCCGCCCUGCGCUGGGUCUAGUUUACAGAGGGGAAACUUUGAGGCCGUGAGACGGGCGAAGUAGCUAGGCCACGACCCGAGCGCGUAUCGCCAGGAUCUACAGGGAGAGUG